AUGAGUUUACUCCUCCGAAAACUCUCUCCGAAGGCUUUGAGCUUUUUAGGCUUGAUGGGAAGUGAGGAAACUUCAAACAUGAGUAAUAAUAAUAAUAACACCAUUAACAACAAUAGUAAUAAUAAUGACAAUUUAAUGAUCAAAACUCUUGCCAUGUGUUAUGGAAAUGUGGAUCAACUGAUGGCCAACACUUUUCAGAAACUAUUAGGAACUUCACAAUCAGCAAUGGCCAAAUUUUCAAAAUUCUUGCCAUUCACUGACAAGUCUUCAAAUACGGAAAAGAUUAUGCAAGAUUGUAUAAUGCACCAGGAUGCACUUUCUGUAGUGGUUAUUGAUGUGGAUUAUUGGCUCUAUUAUUCAUCACUUUCAAAAUAUGUGUUAAAUAGCAACGACAAUAGCAGUAUGGAUAAUCCUGCUCAAUUUACAAUUCCUUAUCAUGGAAUGUUAGCCUUGGGAAUUAAGUUUGGAAAUUAUAUCAUGAGAUGGACUGAGUUUGGAAUUGUUGACAUGAUUGACGUUUCUCAAAUUGAUCCCUCAAUUUUAAGAGCAUCUGUAUUCUGCAGAAAUGUGACACCACGAUCUCAACCAACCAUGUUAAAAGUGAAUGCCUCAAAUUUAAAGAAAAUUGCUACUGUGAUUGUGCAAUAUAAUACUCAAUAUCAAUAUGAUCUUUUUGACAAAUCACCGAUUCAAUUCAUUAGAGAUGUGUGUACAGCGUUGGGUGUUUCUUUCAAGUUGGGAAAUUGUUGUUUUUUACUAAAAGACAUUGAAACACAUUGGAAAAAGUAUCAUGGAUAUGAGAAGAUUGGUCGGCUAGAAAAUCCAUAUCUUGAAAAAGAUCAACUCAUUACCUCUGCUAGUCACAUAUAUUAUUUAGAAAUGGUUACUAAUUUAUUACGUUACAAUAAUAGUUAUUCAUGCGAUUUUCCAUUUGAAUGGGCAAUUAUGAAAUCACUGGAUAGAACAUUCAAAGUUUGUUCAAGUGUUGCACUCAUGGAUCCAACUCUGAGAAAUCAUUAUGUAUCUAGAGAUGACAACCCAUUCAUUUCAUUAGAAAAGUCAUUUGGAAAAUCAGUGUCCAGCUAUCAAUUGGACAACAGUGACUACACCUCUUCAAAUUUGUCAGCACCAUCGCUACCUGACACGGAUUAUACGAUUUGCGUUUUAUCACUUGACGGAGGAGGUACACGAGGAAUUAUUCUUGCCAUAAUUUUAGCAGAGUUAGAAAAGAGAACAGGUAGAAAGUUGAAAGACAUGUUUCAUUUGGUGUGUGGAACCUCAACCGGAGCACUUUGUGCUCGUUCUAUUCAAGCGGGAUUUGACGCAGAGACUAUUCUCUCACUUUAUUUAGAAUUUGCAACAAAAAUCUUCAGCUCGAAACAACUUCUCAAUGAAACUGUGACAAAACUCUACAAAGUAGUGAGCUCGGGCUUCUUUUAUGAAGCCAGUAAAUUGGAGUCAUUAAUUUUAAAUCAAGUUGGACGAACAUCAGAUGGCAAUGACAUUCUCACCCUCAACGAUUUACACACCGUCUCUCCAAAGGCCUUCUUUGUGAGUACUCUCAUUCCCAAAUCGAGUACUCACAACGAAAAAGAUGACUUUAAAGAAGUGACUGAAGUCACUGUCAGUAAAUCUUCAAGUCUUUCCAGUAAUGGCCGUUCUAUGAGCACCGAUAGUCUCUACAGUGCUGUUGUAAAUGAAGACAAUACAGCACUCACAGAAUCUUCAGAAACUCCAUCCAGAGCCACCACAGACGAGGCCAUUAGCUACAUUUUUAGAACCUAUCCUUGCCCUUUCCUAAAAGAUUCUCAUCCCACACGAUACAAAGGAACAUGGAAUGGUAAAAACGUAACAGUUGCCAGUGCAUUGAGAGCCAGUACAGCCGCACCUGUCUAUUUCGAAAAAAAGAAAAUUGGUUCCUGUCACUUUAUCGAUGGUGGAGUGAGCAAUAACAAUCCAACAGAGCUUGCAGUCAGUGAGAUGAAAAAACUUUUUCCCAAUCACAAGAAUUUUUGUAUUGUGAGUUUGGGAACUGGAAAAAUCACGAAAACAAAUUCCAAUAAGGGUGGAUGGUUUUCAUUCUCGUCGUCCUCGAAUAAUAACAAGUCUGACAAUACUGAGCUCAUCUCGUCCAAUGUGAACACCUUGUUGGAUAUUUUUGAAUUAAGCAUGUCGAGUGAAGCCAUUCAUAGAAGAGUGACUGAUUUAAUUUCAGAAACGACCGAUAGAAAUAUUAUGUAUUUCAGAUUGAAUCCCACUCUUGAUCAAGAUAUACCACUCGAUUCAACAGCACCUGAAGCCUUUGAAUUGAUGACCAACAAGACAAGAGAAUAUGUGAGGAGUGAAGAUGCAUUUAACAAUUUAGUGAAAUUUAUGAAAUCCAAGCAGUAA